UUUUUAGGAUUAGGUGAAGACUUGUACGUGCAUGGUGCAUUCAUAAGAAAAUGUCUGAAGAAUUUAUGAAAUGCCAAUUAGGCUUUCUAGGAAACACCGAAGGCUCAGCAUAUCUAUCUCAAGGUAAAAGUACUGUUUCUGUGUCAGUUGUUGGACCAUUUGAACCCAAAGCUAGUAAAUGCAUGUACGAUCGCGCCACCAUAGAUGUGACUUUUAGACGAAAAACUGGAAGCAUAACCGUUCAUGACAAAAUGUUAGAAGGUAUAAUGCAAUCAACAUGUGAAAAGGCCCUAGUUGUCGAACAAUACCCCAGGACAACAAUUGUUGUAACAGUCCAAGAGAUGCAGGACAGAGGAAAUUUAUUGUCUACCUGUUUGAACGCUUCUUGUAUGGGACUGAUGAAUUCUGGUAUUGCUAUGCAUCAUUUGUAUGCAGCAGUAAGUUGUGCUGUCACUGAAAAGGAAGAAAUUAUUCUCAAUCCUGACGAAUCACAAAUAAAUUCUUCUGUCUCAUAUUUGACACUAGUGUUUGCAAAUUCAGAAACGAGGGGUCUGUUAACGUCACAUACCACCGGAGAAUUCUCACAGAAAACGUAUAUGGAUUGUAUAGACAAAUGUUAUGCAGCUAGUAAAGAGGUUUUUAAUUUUUAUAAAAAUGUCAUAAAAAAAAGUUCUAUUUUAAUUUGAAUGCCUAAUAUUUUACCAUUUGACUUUUGUUGUGUUGAAUGUUGAUCAUGUGAAACAAAAAAAACUAAAUACCUAUUGUUAUUUUUAUAUGAUUGUGUAAGAAAUAAAUGUUCAUACCUUAAAAAGCCAUGAUAUUUAA